AUGCAGUGCAGCACCGCAUAUUAUCCUGCGCUGAGCUCGGAUAAAACAGGUUUCUUUUUACCCCAGGAUUUUGCGGGCCGGGAACACGAAACCCUCGAUUUUCAUUGGGACGCAGCUGCUGUAGAGACUCGUAAUUGCGAGGGCCUAGGCAGCACAGCCAGGUUCCCCGCCCUGCUGGCCGAGCAUUGGGCUGAGUUGCUCCCCACUCCUCACUUGCGUGGAACGUUCGGUUCAGGCCAUCAAUCUGACCCGUAUGGACGAGAUUUAAUGCACGAUUCACAAACCAACUACAUUAAACGGUUUCUUUUCUACACCCCAGCCAGGCCCCCCGACAUAUAUAAAGUCGGCUUCCUGGCCGAAAUCCAAUUUCAUAGGUACAUGGACUCUUCGGACCAGGCUGAUACCAGACCACCUCAAACUAACGUUGGCAGACUGCCGUCGGCCCCUAAACACUCGCACGAGCCGUACCAGCCACUGACCAUGCCCAUGUUGGAGCCGCCCUCCUUGGUGUCAGACUUCGCCUUGUACGGGUCCUCGCCGUACCAGAACUACAACUACGCCAACCCACAGCACGAGCAGCGUCUCAGGAACGCGCCGGCGAGCCCAACAUACUACCAGCACCCAACCAAAGUGCACGAGCCGUCUUCAAUGCAGAGGAAUAUACGACGCAGCGCCAGUCUGGGCAACCAGGCACGCGAUCUGGGGCGUGAGGAACGCCAGGUGCUGUGCUACGACAUGGAAACGAAAACGUACAAAAUGGUGAGCCAGGCUGUAGCUGACAGCUCGAACGGUUUGCUGCAACCGGUUGCUGAGAGCCCGACAGAGUACUCGCCGUGUUCCGGGUCAGGCACGCCAGAAAAGGCCAAGCGAUCGCGAAGAGGGUGCUUGACGUGUCGACAGCGCAAGAAAAAAUGCUGCGAAACAAGGCCAACGUGUUCUGAGUGCUCCAGACUCAUGAUCCGUUGCAGAUGGCCCGUGCCCGGGAGCGAGCGCAAAAACCGGUCGAAAAACAACGCCAUCAGCCCUGACGAGAUGAUCCACGAGGCAUAUGGGGUGAUCAAGAUCCUGAGGGGGGUCGUGGACUACAAGGUAGAGGGAUGA